AUGUUUGUUUCUUUCUUUCUAUUGGACAUGUCUCUUCAUAACGCGAACUUUUCCUAUCUAUCUAUCUAUCUAUCUAUCUAUCUAUCAUUUCUAACAAAUUUUAUACCAAGCGCUUUGACUUUUUCAGACAAUCACUGUGUAAAACGAUUUUUUUGUCCUUGGGUUAAUCUGUUCAUUAUCUCUCUCUCUCUCUCUCUCUCUCUCUCUCUCUCUCUCUCUCUCUCUCUCUCGAAUUGUCCCAUAUACAAGGCUGCUAGCUUUCCCCUCUGUUACAACCAUAUCUACGUGCUCAAAAUCCGACUGACAACAACUACUAUCUCCACUCAGUUGUUUAAAUCCGUUUCGUCCCCGACUUUUGCUUCAGACACGUCUUUCCAUAAACUGGACAUUAUUCAUUCCCUGGUUCAUGGCAAGAACCAUAUUUUUUCUUCUUAUAUUUCUUUCCUUUGUGUUCCGAAUAGAGAUUUCGUUUUCCCUUUCAUAUUAAUUUUUUUUCUUUUUUCUUUCAUUUUUGCUUUUCUCUGCUUCCUUUCUUUCAUCAACUACUGCCUUCUAUUUUCUUUCUUUCUUUCUUUCUUUCUUUCUUUCUUUCUUUCUUUCUUUCUUUCUUUCUUUCUUUUUAUACAGCAAACAUUCUUUUCUCAUUCCGUAUAUGAUUUUUCUUUCCUACUGCUUUCUUUCUUUCUUUCUUUCUUUCUUUUUAUCUGCUUUUCUCCCGUUUCCCGAUUACGCCAUUAUUUCUUAGUUUUCCUGCCCAAAACGAUACAUUCUCCUUCUUUAGUUACGCUGACCUCUUUUCAUGGCCUAAUCUUUACUGACAUCGGACUCGUCUUGUCCCUCGACACCUUAAAAAGAAUUAGAAUUCUUACAAAUCUCUCUCUCUCUCUCUCUCUCUCUCUCUCUCUCUCUCUCUCUGUCUUAUUAUCGCUGCAAAGAGUAUAUAUCUCCUUUUCUCUUUCUUUUUUUAAAAUUGUAUCUCUCUUUCAUUCUUUCACAAUUUCUGUUUUCGUUUUUCACAAUUUUCUAUUUUCUUUCUUUCGAUCUUAUAGUACCAGGCAUAACCCCACUAACUUAUUCAAAUCAUAA